AUGUUAUGUUUGGAUAAAGAGGAUGAGAUAAAAUUUUCCAAAAAAGUCUACGCGCCGCGAAAUAAGCAGGGGGGGAGCAAACGCCCCAUUAGUGGGGGUGCAGUGGACAAGAGGGUGCACCUCCGCAAUGGUCAACAUGGGCAACAUGGGCAAAAUGGCCCAAGUGAUCCCAGUGGCCUGAGUGGCCCAAAUAACACGCUGCUCACCGGAAACGCACCGAACAGCAGCACCGACGAAACAUUCACUGAUGAAGUAAUUUACAUAAACACCAGCUCGUGCAACUCCUUCGUCUUUAUAAUCACGAAAAUUUGCUUCUAUGUGUUUGACAAUUACGAUUUUUCCUUCGUUACUUUAUACGCUUUAAAAUAUGACAAUGUUGAAAAGUACGGGUACCACAACAAGGUGGUUUUGUCGCCCAUUGACAACACUAUAUAUAUAGUCAGCACAAAUUUGAAAUAUGUGUAUGCGUACAAUAUAGCGAACAAGAAGGACGUUGUUAUGUUGGAUUAUGAAAAGAAUGCACACUCGAUAAAUAUUUUGGAAUAUUCUGAUGAUGACUCGAGCGAAAAUGAAAAUGAAUAUUAUGCUUACAUCACUUAUAUUAAGAAAAAGUAUAGGAGAAAAAAAAUACAUAAAUAUGUGUGUAUAAAACUGUUGACCGUUCUGUACCUCCCCAUUCCCUCCAAUUGCUUGAUGAUAACGAAAAAUAACAUUUUAUUUUUUUCAUACAACACGGAUGAAAUAUUUAUUUCGGAAAAUGUGAAAUCUGUCUUGGCUGCCACUUCGCGUCAGACCAGGGCGCCGCCUCGAAGGAGCGUUAUUCCCAACGAGGGAAAAAAUGACACAAAUAACAAGAAAUUGCUUCCAAACGGAAACAAGGGUGACAGUAACAAUAGUGUUAACAAGGUUGUUAUUAACACACAGAUUGUAAGCCUUAAGGGAAUUUAUUUUAGGAGAAGAGUAAGGGGGGGCAAAAGAUUGGCAAGAACAACUAAAGAGGAAAAUAAUAAAAUAUGCAGAGGGAACCAAACCCGUGCAGAUACGGAACACAUUUUGAGUCUGCUCGAACGAAUUAAGGAAAAACAAAAAUUGAAAAAAAAAACUGGUCUUGUGUAUUAUUCCCCCAAAAAAGGGUGGAAAGUUCGGGUGCGCGUGGGGAAAUUUCCCGCCCUUCAACAUGUGGAGGCGUACUGCGACCAACUGAGACGCGGCUUGCUUCCAUCACGCGGGGGUGACACGGUAAAACGGAAGAGGGAAAAAAGAAGGAGCAACAAUAAUGCCAAUCGAAGCGGUGAUGGCAAUCGAAGUGGUGAUGUCAAUCGAAGCGGUGAUGUCAAUCGAAGCGGUGAUGCCAAUCGAAGCGGUGAUGCCAAUCGCAGCGGUGAUGCCAAUCGCAGCGGUGAUGGCAGUACCAGUCGGACGAAGCGCCAGUCGGGCUGGAAGACCUGCAGACCCACCUACCUGCACAGCGCCAACCGAGAAAACAACCUGUACAAGUUCAUAAAGAGUAAAAAAGUCGGCAUAACGAAUAAGCACAUGAGAAGAAUCGCCAAAGAAGGAAUAGUAAAGGUAGAAUUUAGCGAGCAUAAUGAUUAUGUGUUACUACUGAGUCACGAGGGAGAUUUUUACAUUUUCUCAUUUUUUCGUCGUUUUUUCAAUGUUCCGAAAAGUGAGUCCUGUUACCAUUCUGGGAGGAAAGUCCACACGGGGCAUUUCAAAGGGGAGAAAGUGGCAAGCAGAGAAGGUCCAAAAAUGCAAAAAAAAAAAAGGCAGGAACGGAGGGAGCAAAGAAGUAGUCCUAACCCGUGCACAAGUGCUAAAUAUGACAAAGGAGAUGCCACUCACAAUGGAGAUGUAACAAUCCCCCAUAAUGAAAUCCAAUGCAGCGAUAACGAUGUAAGGAAGAAAAAACCUAAACCAGUGAUUGGCAUUUACGUGGGUUCCUCUAUAAUAGACGUAAGCAUGAACAUUUACAGAAAAAUGAUCCUAGUGAUAACUCAAAAUUUGAUCAUAAAAGCAUAUGGGACUUAUCCAUACGUGUGCAAACAUACAUUCCAAAAGAGCAUAUUUACAAUAGACACAUUUAAUGCGUGGAGCAAUUCAUACCAUUACUACAACUUCGUGCUGUGGAACAAGCAACAUAAUUUUUUUCUCAUUUCUGUAAAUCAAAACAGUUAUUACAUUUUUAACACGAAUGGAACUUUGUAUUAUUCGAUGAAACAGGACUCUUCCUCCCAUGAUGGAUCAAACGAAAAUAUGGACUACCUAAAAAAUAAUCAUCAGGAUGGUUCUCCUCAUCGAAAUGAUGAUAAAGGGAGAGAUUCUUCACCUCCACCUGGGGUAGCCUCUCCAGAUUGUGUUCCUCCCAAGGGAAGAGCAAAACAUAGAAGAUCCUCAUUCUGCAGCAAUCGAUUAGUCAACCGUAAAAAGAAUAGCAUAAAACACGCACAUGUAAACAUAUCCUUUGUCUUUAAUGAUUUCAAACUGUUUCAUGCCAAUGGGAAGGACGAAAGGAACCACUACAUCAAAGUAAAAAAUGUUUUGUACCUAAAUGACAUAUAUAGUAAUAGCAAAACAUUCCACUAUAAUAGUAAUUACUACACAAAUGAGAAAAGUCAGAGGGUAUAUAUUGGAUUAAAUAACAUUGUCAUGUUCGAUACGAACAUUAAUAAUUUUAAUUUGAGUAAUCACGAGAAGAAUGUACUGAACAUAAAGGAAAUUAUAACUCCUUUUAAGUACGUGAAGAAGUGCUACUCAAACUUUAGCAACACGUAUAUGCUAAUAAUUUUUAAGUCAAUCUGCAUUUACAGCUUUCAAAAAAAAGCCUUUUCAUAUUUUGUUGAUGAUUAUCUCAAGUUUUUUUUUCAUAACUAUCCUACAGGAUGGUUGUUUGAUGAUAUUUUUUUUGUUACAUGUUUGCACAAUAAAUAUGAUGAGAAUAAUUUUCGGCACUUCAAAAGGAAGGACGACUUGGGUGCAGGGAGGGGUAGCAUAUUUUUCAGGAGGGCCAUGACUGGCGAGGGCAACAUGAGCUUCGAGUUGUUUAGCAUGGAUUACGGGACUGCGGAGGUGCGAAUCACGCGCGAUGGGGGGGGAGAAGCAGGUGGAGAGGAAGGAGCAAACGGAGAGGAUGAAGCAGAUGGAGAGGAAGGAGCAAACGGGGAGGAUGAAGCAAACGGAGAGGAUGAAGCAAACGGAGAGGAAGAAUCAAACGGAGAGGAUGAAGCAAACGGAGAGGAAGAAUCAAACGGAGAGGAUGAAACAAACGAAGAGAGCGAAUCGUUCGAGUCGAUCGAAUCAGACGGGUCAUCCAGAUCGUCCAAAUCGAACGCGGAGGCAACCCCAUCUCUAGGAGGUCCCCCGAGGGGCAAAGACAUCCGCGAAAAAACGGAGAUCCCCAAAGCGAACACAGAUAGAGACCACCGCACUGUGGAGGAAUCGAAGUUGCUAAACUAUCUCUUCAACAUCAACCAUAACGAAUCGGACAUGUACUACAAAUACUUUGAGGAGUAUUUUAACACCAACAAGGGGAACAUAUACUCGAAGCCGUUCUCCGUGUUUUACAAUAAUUUCUUCCUCAAGGAAGAUGAGAACGUGUUUUUAGGGGCUUAUCUCAUGGAAGAGCGCAGGGGGGAGGAGGAGGUAACUCUUCCCGGGGAGAACCCCCCCCAGGGAGAAGUACCCUCUGAAGAUGGUGAAAAAGGGCCAAGUGAUGAACAAAACCCACCCCAUACUGCAGAACCAUACAGUGAUGAAAAAACACACCUUGCACAUAACUACUACAGCGAGUUACAAAGGAAAUUGAAUGCUUACGCAGAAUCGAGCGAAAACGUGGGUAACGUGGAAGAUGGGCAGAAUGUUAGCGAAAGGAAAAAGCACCGCAGCAGUGAAGACCAAAACGGGGAGAGCAGUUUUUCUUACGAAAGUAGCACUUCCCUACAGAGUGAUGCAACAAUUAUUAGCAAAAAUAAUUUCUAUUAUAUCAUAUACCUUUAUAACAUAAAUAAUGCCCUGAGGUUUAGCAACUACACGUUGUCUAUAAAGCUGUUGUAUAGGCCUAUAUUGACCCAUGUUUACUACGACAAAAGUCACCUAGCGGAGGAGGACGACGGAGAGAGAAUAGGGGAGACAAACAAACAUUCCAACGAGUCAACCUCGGCGAAUACAUCCAGAAUGAACCACAUGAUCAGCGAAAGGUUUUUAAUAGUGCUGGACGCAUUUUACAAUUUAUUGUGCUUUAAAAUUAGUAAAGUAAAAAGCAAAGAUGGAGAUAAGCAGGAAUAUUUUCUAAAAUCGGAAAACAUUUUUAUUUUGCCUCUAAAUAGGGACAACAGAUUUAUUGAGCCACGGUGCUUCUAUACACUGUUCGACAUCUUCCAUUAUGUGUUUCUUAAUUAUGACAAUUCUGUUCACUUUCUGCAUAUUUAUGUAGACAGCAACAAUUGUUACGAUUUUGAAUUUACUCGCACUUUCAGCACCAGAGUAGACUACCUUGAAAUUGUAAAGGGGCAGAAUUACUUGAAUUACUACGCACUACCAACCCCAAUAAAAUAUAUGUGGCCCCUGCCAAGCUAUUACACCUAUUUGCUGUACUACUAUGUGCUUUACGUAUUGUAUGGAAUUAAUCGGGCUUCUAAGAAGGAGAAGCGUGCAAAUUUUACAAACGGACUCUCUGCAAGCACGAAGGGGGGAACGGUGAAUGGUGAGAGGAACAACCAACGGGGGAGAAAAAUAAAUGCAAACAAGAAGACGCAGAAUAAGGAAAAUGCCCCAAUGAUAGGAUCAUUAAACGGGGCAGCAGAACCAUCUGUGGGAAGUGCUAACCAUUUUGAGAAAUUGGAAAACUGUCAACCAUGCGAGUGUUCAGUCGAAGCAUCCUCUUUUGACUUUUUCACGCUGAGCCCAUCGGAGGGGAGCAAACCAAACAAGAAGGGUAAAUUAUUUGAGAGCAUUUUCAAGGAUAAGCUAAAUAAACACUCAGAAAAUUAUAAAAGCCUGGUUGGAUUAAAAAAAAAGAUGAAUUGUGUAGACUUGAACCAAUGGGAAGGAUCCAAAAAGGAAGCGCUUUUUCACCUCAGCAAUUUUAGACACCAUAUAAAUAGUGCCCCUUUAUGUAAUAGGCCUAUUUUGUGGGGAGACAAAGCGUACGAACAGUAUGUGGAGAGGGACGCUCACUUGGGAAAAGCUGGCAAAACGUGCGAAGGGCGUUCCAGGGGGAAGGGGCAUAGCACCUUGCUAGAAAAUUUUAUCCUUUCAGUAAUUCCUCAUAUAGCACACCAUGGAAACAAAAUUGCAAAUAAACUCAACAGGACGGUGCUGAAGUACAGUUUCUAUUCCAUUAUUGAAGAGCUCGAGAAUAAGGAUAAAUCUUGCUAUGUCUACCUGAGUAGCAACAACAAGAUGAGCGUAAUAAGUGUGAGCAAGUGCCCCAACCAGUUUUGCCUCCUAAAAGAAUUAAAAAAUGUCGCUCUUUUUGGCAGCCACAGGUAUGUCAAUUGUCCGCUAGUGAUUUAUCGGCAUGUAGGGUUAUCCCGUUUUUCAGAUGACCAUAAUUCCCACCUACAUCACACGGUGCACCACAUGGGAUUGUGUAUACACAUCGUGUGCAACCAAAUAUGGAAGGGGGAAAAAAAAAUGACGUUACCUAUCAAGGGGGAGACAAACACAUCACAGACAACAGGACAGGCGAAGUCGAAAAAAAUUGCAAGAAGCAAACGGAACACAAAUAAUGCCAAUUCGUUUCCAUCCCCGUCGUCAUAUGACAUAAUAAGCUUCAAAAUAAACAGCUACAUUAACACAAUUUUAUUUAAAUAUUUCAAACUGUACAGUGACGCAUACUCUUACAAGAAUGGGAAGUAUCAACCGGUGUAUGACUCAAAAUGGAGAAAAAAAAAACUUCGCGGAAUCAUCAUUAACAUUGUAACGAAAUACGUCUCGUGGAAUAUCUUAGCUACCAACAUUUUGGAAAUCGUUUUGUAUAAAUCGCUUAACAAACUGAAUGACCUCUAUGUUGCCGCUUAUAAAAUUAUUUAUAACUAUGUCACGAGGUUGAGUAAUUCUCCAUACUAUGGCAUCUUUACUCGAAAGGGCAGAGACGAUACCAUUUUGAAUAUAUCCGCCGCGGUUUUAUACUCCCUCUUUUUGUCCAGGCGGUACAGAGAGAGGAGCCCCACCAGCAGGUUAGAGGAUGCCUUGUUUCGUCGAGUGUUUGGUGUGAACGAUUCCAAUCUGGGUGAAGAACCAUAUUUGCGUGAAUAUAAGACAGCAGCGGGGGGGACGAAGCGGAAAGAUGGAGAGAAGAAAAACCGAGGGGAGGAAAAAUCGAACAAAAAAUUAAAGGAAAAAUUCAUUUCGUUUCUGAACGAAAUGGGCGCAAGUGUGUCCCCCAGCGACACGCCCAAAAUUGGCCUUCUCAAGGAAGGCGUAAAAGAUGAGCGCGUUUACUGCGCGGUGCUGCAUAUGUUGAGGCUGAAAGGGGGGGCGGAAGCGUCCAGGGGAGAGUCCAGAGGAGCGACCAAAGUUGCUGCCCACGAGGGAUCACCCCACGAAUUGUGCAACAACGCGACGGACGGACAAAUGCCCCCGUUCGACGUCCACACCGAUUACGCAUACAAAAUAAACUGCAACGUGUACUACGCUGGCCUAUACCUGCUGUGCGUGCUGAAGAAGAGGCACGUCUUCCACCUCAUGAUUCUCCUAAAAAUAUUGCGAAAGUUUUGCAAAUUUCACAUCGCAGAGGUUGUUAUUAACAUUAUAAGGAAGAUGGAUCCCUACGUCAGCGCCAUCCUGAUGUAUGCCCUCGGAAAUUAUAUGCCUCACGAUUUCAUGCACCUUUGCUUACCCAACCAGAGGUACAACGUUUGCUCCCUAUUCAUUAUUAAUAUACAGAACUAUUUGGGGAUAUACAACGUUCGGAAAUUUUAUUGCAUGUACUUUCUCUGUAUGAGUCUCAGAAAUAAUAUUAAGUAUGCGGAGGGCCUGAUCAAUUUCAUGUCCAUACUGUUUUAUACUCUGUUUGAAAAUAAGGAGAGAGACUACCCAAUUCAUUGCAACUAUUUUGGGCUGGAGGAAACAACAAAAAGAAAAAUCAUGGAGAACGCCUUAACAGGAACGAACAGCACUUGUACUAACCAUGACAAUUUUCUCUUUCUCCUUUUGUGCGCAAAUGCUUUUAACUACAUCAAAUUGGGGAAAGCAGAUGGGGUGAGUCUCUUCCAAUUUUUGUUAGGAAGUACCUACACCGGUGAUGCUAUGCUGAGCAGAAGAAGCCGCACCCCACAGAGUGGCAGCCAUAACCAGAACAAUCAUUAUGUACACGAUGAAGAGCCACUAUACACAGAGGGAAGAAAUAAAUUUUCCCUGAAAAUCAAAACCUUCGCUUUCAAAAAAUUCCAAAUGAACAAAAUUGUCUGCGAGUUUUUUUACAACCAGGAUGUGAUAACCUUUUUGUUAAACAAUAUGGAUUCGUUCGCUAAGCUGCAUACGUGUAAUUUCUCUAUCUUGGGGCGCGCCCCCAAUGAACGGGGACUCCGUGCUUCGGCGCCAGAAGACGAACAAAGUGUGGACCUCGCAGAAGUGGAAAACAUCUACGUCAGGUUUAUCCUGCUGGUACAAAACAUCGUGUGCUACUACAUUUACAACAUGCUGUGGUUCGAACUCUACUACUUUGUGACGGGCCUAAAGGUGGACAUUCUCUCCUUUUUCUCACAUUCGUACUUUUUCAAGUCGAGUUUGUUCCAGAACGUGUUUUGGGGAAUCUGCCCUGUUGACGUUUCUCUGCAUGGAUACACCGAUUGGGAAUUUCAUUUUGUAAAUUUAGACAACUCAGGAACGGUGCCACAUGGUAAUGAAUCAACCCACGUGGGUAGCACCAUAUGGGAAAAACAGACGGGACCCGUUGAGCACAGCCACGCGGAAAAGCAUCCUAGGCGAAAAGACAACAAUGGGUAUUGUAAAAAUAGCAAAGGAAACAAGCGAAAUGGCCCUAAGAUGAACCCCCCCAGCAGUAGUAAUAAAGACGGUCAUGAGGCGGAUCAUCCCAGUGGGGAGAAACUCCAGGGAGACGAUAAUCGUGACGGUGACGGAAACGCUUCUCCACCCCAAAACAUGUCGAGCACUUUCAAAGAGAACUAUCAAGAAUACACGAAAUAUAUGAACCAUAUGAAAAAGCUGGGAGCAAUUUUUGACAAAAUGGAAAAAGAAAACCAAGUUAUUAAUAAAUCUUUUUCACAGCAGGGAUCACAGAAGUGCUUUCUCAUCGACAUAUAUAAAUCGUUUAAGAGCCAUUUUAAUAUAAGCUUCUGGAGGACGAAGAAGGGGGACCUCAAAAGGAAGGACACGUCCAGCGUGGGCGAAGAAUACAUGCGCAACAUGUCCAAGACGGAAAUAGAAAAUGAAAAAAACAGAUAUCGCAGAAAUUUAUAUUCAUAUAAUAUAUACAAUAAACUCACAAAUUACACUUUUCUGGAAACGCAUUUUGCCCCAUCUGUUUAUAAAUAUAUACCUAUUUACAACACGUUAAAAUAUUUAUACUAUUUUUUUCGUGUGUGUAAUGUGAAGAAUACGGAACAUCCCAAGAGGUACUUAAAAUAUAAAAUUAAGAAAAGAAUUUACAAUUAUAUUUGUUCCACUAUUGUUGAUCUUAAAGGGAAAGCUAAGUGGGAUGAUAAAAAAGUUGGACAGAAAAAAAAAAAAAAAAAAUUUCAUUUAUUGAAACUUGCUGCAUUCACAAAAAUGACAUUAUCUGGUUUUUAUUAA